CUCCUCAGCGACCUGCGAGGCAACGCGUUGGUGUGCGACUGCAAACUGAAGUGGUUGGUGGAGUGGCUGGAGGGCACCAACACCACGGUGCCCGCCGUGCCCUGCAGCAGCCCUGCGGCCCUGGAGGGGCAGCGCCUGCGGGAUCUGCCGCUGCGGGACUUCCAGUGCGUCACCACGGACUUCGCGGUCCAUCAGGUGCUGCCCUUCCAGGCGGUGUCGGCAGAACCCUACACUUACGCCAGCGAUCUGUACGUGGCGCUGGCGCAGCCCGGAGCCGGCAGCUGCGCCGUCCUCAAGUGGGAUUACGUGGAGCGCCGGCUGCGGGAUUUCGACCGCAUCCCCGCCCCUUCGGCCGUGCACUGCAAACCCAUCGUGGCUCAGGAGCAGCUCUACGUGGUGGUGGCCCAACUCUUUGGCGGCUCCUCCAUCCACCGCUGGGACACGGCAGUGGACAAAUUCAUCAAGCUGCAGGACAUCGACCCGCAGAAAACCCGCAAACCCAACGACGUCGAGGCCUUCCAGAUCGAGGGCGAGUGGUACUUCGUCAUCGCCGACAGCUCCAAGGCCGGUUCCACCAGCCUCUACCGCCUCGACCAGAACGGCUUCUACUCCCACCAAGCUCUGCACGCCUGGCACCGCGACACCGACGUCGAGUUCGUGGAGCACGACGGCAAGGCUCGCCUCAUCGUGGCCAGCAGCUCCCAGGCGCCCGUGGUUUAUCAGUGGCAGAGGGCGCAGAAGCUGUUCGCCCCGCAGGGGGAGGUGGGCGAGACGGCGGACGUGCAGAUGGUGAAGCAUUUCAGGGCCGGCCGGGAGCAUUUCCUCUGCCUCAGCCGUUACAUCGGCGACUCCAAGGUGGUGCGCUGGGAAGGGCAGCGCUUCGUGGAGCUGCAGGCGCUGCCGUCGCGCGGCUCCAUGGUGAUGCAGCCCUUCUCCGUGGGGCGGCGGCUCUACAUGGCGCUGGGCAGCGACUUCUCCUUCAGCCACGUGUACCUGUGGGACGAGGACAAGCAGAGGUUCUCCAAGUUCCAGGAGCUGGCGGUGCAGGCGCCCAGGGCGUUCCGUUACGUCCCCGCAGCCGACGUGGAGCUGCUGCUGGCGCCCAGCUUCAAGGCCAACAGCGUGGUGUACCGGCACGUGGUGGUGGACCUCAGCCUCUAGGCCGGGGGGG